CUCGUCCCGGAGAUCCUCAGCGCAGUUCAGGAAAACUGAGAGGAACAAUUAAAACCAGAGAAGCUGCGGCUGCAGCAGAGGAAGAAGAAGAAGAAGAAGUAGAAGGAGAAGGAAAAGUUUAUUCUCAGAGCCGGAGAUGAAGCAUCCUGCACGGGUUUACUUUCUCCUGGUUGUCGGCGCCGCUUUGCUUCCAGGGGCUUCAGGAGAAAUGUACACGUCGCUGCUGAACGUAAAACAGGCGAUCAGCGUUGAACGGAAACUGAUCGAUUACUUGAGGACUUACAUUGACCGCGAGCUGGAGUGGCUGGAGGACAUCAGACGAUUUUAUGCCAAAGUGUCUGAGCUGCAUACAGAACUCUACAAAGGCCCGGCGGCUACGAUGGGGAACCCUCUGGUGGCUUUCACUCUCAUCAAGCGUCUUCAGUCAGAGUGGCUGAACGUCGUCUACAGCAACGAAGCCCAGGAGAACGCCCAAGCCCUCAGGUCCAGUUACGAGGAGGAAGAGGCCGAUCUUCCCAAGCUGGAAGACCUCCAGGGGGCCGCCAGGGGGCUGAUGAGGCUGCAGGAUGUGUACGCGCUCCAGGUGUCCAGUCUAGUGAGGGGUCGUUUUCAGAGAGUCACAAAUGGGGAGCCCGUUGAUGUCUGCAUGCCUGCGGUGUCCAUCCCACUGUCUGGUGACGACUGCUUCCUGGUUGGGAAGGUGGCUUAUGAUCUAGAGGACUAUUAUCACUCAGUGCAGUGGAUGGAGGAGUCGGUGCGUCUCUUCAAGGGAGCAAGAGGAGAGUGGAGCCCUGAGAAUGAAGGGACUUUGGAGGACGCUUUGGAUCAUCUGGCGUUUUCUCACUUUAAGACAGGAAACGUCUCCUACGCUCUGAGUUUAUCUCAGGAGCUGCUGCAUCACGAUCCAAUGAAUGGAAGAGUUUUGCAGAACGUUGAGAAAUAUGAGAAGCUGCUGGUUGCUGCAGGUCCACCCAGAGGCGACAGGCUGAGGAGACCCACCUCCUCUUAUUUAAAGACCAGGGACACCUAUGAGAGACUCUGUCAGACGCAAGGCUCCCAGCCCAUGCAUUUUGAAAACCCCAAACUUUAUUGCGACUACUUCACCAACGACAACCCUGCGCUGCGGCUGCUGCCCGUGAGACGGGAGGUGCUGAGUCUGCAGCCGUACGUUGUCCUUUUCCACGACUUCAUCACCGACACAGAGGCUGAAGACAUCAAGAGGACGGCCCAGCCCGGAUUGAGGAGAUCUGUGGUGGCGGACGGAGAGAAACAAGCAACAGCAGACUAUCGCAUCAGCAAGAGUGCAUGGUUAAAGGACUCCGCACACUCCAUCGUUGAGAAGCUGGACCGGAGGAUCUCGAUGCUCACGGGUCUGAACGUGAUGCACCCAUUUGCAGAAUACCUCCAAGUAGUGAAUUAUGGAAUUGGAGGCCAUUAUGAGCCUCAUUUUGACCAUGCGACGUCAUCUUCGAGUCCUGUAUACAAGCUGAAAACUGGGAAUCGCGUGGCAACCUUCAUGAUAUAUCUCAGCUCCGUGGAGGCAGGUGGGUCCACGGCCUUCAUCUACGCCAACUUCAGCGUCCCUGUCGUGGAGAAAGCUGCUAUAUUCUGGUGGAACCUGCACAGAAAUGGUCAAGGAGACAUGGACACGCUGCACGCCGGCUGUCCUGUACUUAUUGGAGACAAGUGGGUGGCAAACAAAUGGAUCCACGAGCACGGACAAGAGUUCCAACAUCGCUGCAGCCUGAAUCCCGAAGAGUGAGAGGGGCGGAGCGAUCCCUGGGCCCCUCGGAGUACAAGCCUUUACAAUUGUGAGGCACGCUUGCAGGCGGUGAGAAGGAGGCAGCCAGAAAGUGAGCACACAAGCAGAGGGGAGGUGGGGUGGGGUGCGGGGGGGGCGAGAGCUGUGAAGGGGAAGCGUGCAUCUGUGAUUGGAGCCCCGGGCCCCAGAGAGCACUGCUGCAGUGGACAUGGAGGUGGAAGUGGAGAGGAGGAGCGGGGUAGUUGGCAAUCAGUGCCCCAGAGGCCUAAUGCUCCUUCUGGCCAGUUCCUACAGAUGGAGAGAGGCCUCUGUGCUGGUUCAGUAAACUGCGCGAGGCUGUUUACCUCCUGCAUGCUUGAAAACUGAAAUCUUAUACGACUCUUUUCUGCCGGGCUCUCUCAGGGGUCUGUCAGUACGAAUCAACAACAGAUCUCUCAACAUUUCAUAACUUCAAAAGAUGGAUUAUAUAGAGACUCAUUGUGCCAGGAAAAAAAAUCAGAAGACAUAUGUCUGUGUCGAGAAAACUAAAUGUCUCUUCUAGUAACGUGCUCCUCAAGGUAGAGGACACUGUCUUGUUUCGUGACAUUAAAAUCUAAGUCAUGGGUUUGUGAUGUUCUCAGGCGGAUUCAGUUCAGUCUGGUUAAAUGAGUCAAAGGAACCAGUCAUUGUGAGCGUGCUCGUUGUUUAUUCCGAGCUGACUGAACGAUGUGAUCAUCACUGUCUCUGGGAGACUCUGUCGGUGUAAUGGAACAAAUGAACCAGAACGUCUGCCUCUUAUUGAGCCUCUGAUGCUGUAAAACGUUCGCCAUAUUUGUCUGCGUGCCAAGUGAUAGGAAACCUGUCUGGACUCACACCAACCAACCCUGCCUGCAUAUCUCAGAUAUCUGCGUCUAAGUAGGUCAUCAGUCUUUUUGAAACAGGCUGUUGGGGGGGUGGGGGGGGAUACGCAUUAUUAAAAUCUGCAGCCUGAGUUGGAUUGGACUUUCUGGUAACGUCCUGCUGCUUGAGUGACACGGAUCUCUCAGUCAUACAUUUACUUGCACACAAAGGCGCAUGUUUUCCUUUCCAGCUCUGCAAACACUCACUGACACAGAGGAAAUACAUGAACACGGCAGGUAGUGGAUGUCUACUGCACAUUCCUGCAUGCACACUAAACAGCAGGACUCUCUUUUUCCACAGAGUAGGUGGAUAGAUAGAUUGAUCCUGUUGCAUCUGUUUCAUAGAUUAAUGAGAUAUAUUUAUAGUACUACAGACUAAAGGUCUGAGAAUAUUUAUUUAAUUUAAAUACUGACUCUACACUAAUAUAAAAUAACGGUUUACAACUGCUGUGACUAUACUGAUGGAAAAAAACAUAGCCGCUAGUGGUUUUAUGGAUUCAAAUGAUAAAUUUGACCUUUUGUAUAGUUUAUUUUUAAAAGCUUCCUUGAAUUCAAACUCCUCUAUUCUGCAAUCUUCCCCUCCCAUUUCAAUGGCACUCACUGUAACCACAACAAACAUGGCUGCAGAGGGAUAUGUUGCUAUGUAAAAGCACAGUCCAGGCUACCUAAAGCACACAUGACCAGAUCAUAGGUCGUCCUCAGCACAUUGUCAAAAGCAUACAGGAUGUCUGCACACUUGACUUUUAAAACCUUAACUUGUUGCCAGUUGUCAACUUCUCACAGAGUCAAAAAACUUGAAUAUAUUAUUGUCUGAUGUAUAGUCUGCAGCAGAACACAUUAAAGCUGAGAGACAAAUGAGAUUUUAAUCUCAGGCAAAAAAAAAGAAAAGAAAAGAAAAAGAAAAAACAAAUGAAGUGUCAGUGAGCAGCUUUGAAACAGAGAUCAGUGCUUCCCUCUGCUGGUGAUAUAAUAUACAAAUAAAUGGAGUUUGUGCAAUGUUAAGUUUUUAAAAAAAAUGUUUUAACUUUGUUAAAAUGUGUGUGCUGUGUUAUUGUAAAGUAACUGAAGCAUUAUUUUAAUUUAAUGUUUUUUAUUUAUUUUUGUAAAUAUAACAGAAUUUCUCAGACACAAUGCUGUGUCUGGUGUUGUUCUUAUUUUUACCAGGUCAAUAAAAGUCUUUGAGCAAAAGAAAAAACAGUGACGGUGUUUCAGGGGUUAAGAUGAAAAACAUAAAAAUAAAAUAAAGAAAGCUAUAUUAUGUUAUACUGAUUCAUGCAACAUACAGUAUGCAAUGACAAAGUUCCUCUUCUUCUCAUUCUUCUUUUAUUUAAAUAAAGGUAUAUUAAACAAUAUAAAUAUC